AUGUUAGUCAAUCGAAUGCUCUAUGUUCGAAUGCAACAAGAACUAUGGCAAGCGUACCACGAUAUGGGCAUGGCCGAAGGUAAAUUCGUUGAACAACGUCGAAAAACGAUUGAAGCUCAACAAGUGAAAGUGGUGAACCAAUUGAACGAACAUCUCAUGCAACGAUUCACUUGUUGGCCUCUAUUGGAUAACAAUACAAUUGCUGUCGACAUCAGUGCCUUAUCGGAAGCAAUUAUUGACUUGGUCAUGAAAGAUCAAAAGCGAUUGCGAGCAGAAUUCGAACGCAAACAGGUUUUGUUGAAUUUGGAUGCCAAUGAUCGUCGAUUAGUGGAAUCAUUCUGUACAGUACCGGUGAAUAAAGGACAGGUUAGAAUUGAUGAAAAAUAG